AUGUACCUCAGCGAUGAGAAAAUCGCGGCUUUGCUGCCGGCCGUGGCGCAGAUUCCAGAGGCCAAGCUUGCCUUCGCCAAGAUCUGGGCAGCGUGCGGCUUGCCCGAGAAGGAGCUCACGACAGAGUUGGUUGGAGCUGUCUUCAUGGACGGACCUCCAGAUCCCAUCCUCUCAGAGGCCCAGCGCUUGAGGGCCGCCGACACAUCGCUUUGGCAGCUUGUCCUCAUGGGUGAGGGUGGCCUGGAGAUCGAAAGCUUCGAGAAGCUGGAGGACGCGCAGGCGGCGCUUGCUGCGCUCAAGGUGACGGAGACGGGCGAGGGCGGAGGCUUGAUCUUGCAGAGCGGCAAAGUGGUGGCAGAGAAGCUCACACUCAAGUACAUGCAAAAGGAGGAUUUUGUGGAGUUCCUUCAGGAUGCUACCCGGGAGCCCGUGAAGGUCACGGUCAGCGAGGCUGAUGAGAUCAAGGCCAUUGAGCUCGCUGCUCGUGAGCGCUUGGAUGAGCUGAUAAAGUUGGCACCGGAGAUUGGCAAGCUGAAGGCGGAGUAUGCAGAGAAGGGCGGGGAGAAGCCUGAAGUCGUCAUCGGCAGACCUUCCCACGCUUUGCAGGUGUUCUCCGAGCUCUUUCCAGAGUACGUGAGACUCGGUGGAUGUUGCGCUGAAUGA